CGCAUAACCAGAUUCCCGUUCAAACUGACGUUUAAAGUUUUAGUGUAUUAAAAAAACGGUCACAUUAAUCCGUCAUGAGUCCGCGGCGUCGAAAUGGAAAAGAGAAGGACAACAAUCAACUUGAUGGCCAAGAAAACAAACCACCAAGGGAAAAGAUUCCGAUCCGUGUAGAGAAAAUCAUAAUCGGAAGGGGGGGUGUGAAAAGAUUAUUGAAAGUCGAGUAUAAACGGAAUUCUAAACCCUCUCGACACGUCACGAUCAUUGAUGUCCAAGAAAAUGAUUACAUAUAUUGCAUCGACAAGGAUACAGUUUCGGGAAAUAAUGAGGCUAGACGAAUGACACGAGAAGAACUUGCAACAAAAGACUGUAACUCAUUCCAACUGUUCUACAUAUUUAUAAUUUUUUGGAGAGACGUGAAGGGAAGGAUCCGUGAUUAUGUGUUCGGGAUUACACGAGUUGCUGAUCUCGACCUAGCAAGUCAAAAUGCGAUCGUCAAGAUGCAUGAAAAACUUAAUGGAUGUUCAAUUGUGGACGACACAGAUCCGACCUAUACUAUCGUUAAGGAGGACGUCUACAAGCUCCCAAUUUUUGCAUGCUCUAAGUUCGAGAUACAACAACUUAAACAGUGUAGACGCCGUGAAGACGGUUUAGCAGGUAGUUUCAUGCCUGCCGAUUCAAUCACCCUGUUGGAAAACAUUUCUGCCGAUCUUAAAGCAAUCAUUGAUCCAGUGCUGGAAAGGCAUAUUAUCAAAGUGGAUGAAGAACCGGUCAAAUUUGAGGAUCUUGAAGUCACGAUCACUUCUAAGGAUGUGCCUCCACCCACUCCAAAGAAACAUCAAUGCAAUGAGCCGGAUUGCAAUUUCAGUGCAGCUAAAUCCUACGAUCUUAAAGUACAUGUUGAAGCCAUUCACCUGAAACUACAAAAAUACAAAUGCCAGUAUUGUGAUGCCAGGUUCACAAGAGAUUCAAGUAGAAAAUAUCAUGAAACUAGCCAACACACUGAUCGAAAACAGCCGGUCAUUCCCUUCGCCGACAUUUCAAAAGCUAGAUCAGCCAAUGUUCAACCACCUACUCCAACACGAACAUCAUCAACAGUCACUCGGCCAAUAACCCUUUUUCCAGGGUUUUCUGUUAAACGAUCUCCUCAUGUGCCCACCCCUGAGUCCUCUCAAACACCCCUGCAAACGGAGAAGGUUGAGGUCACCGAAUCAUCAUUUGAAGAUAUUAAGCACAGUUUGGAAAUUGCUCAUUCCCAGAUCGAGACCCUCGAGGGACAACUUUCAACAGAAAAGGCAAGUUCGACGGCGAAAGAGUCGAUCUGAAAUAAGAAAGAUGACGCUUGGAGAAAGAGGGUGAGGUAUUUGGAGAGUAGGGUCGACGUUUUGGAGAAUAAAGUCGACGUUUUGGAGAAUAAAGUCGACGUUUUGGAGAAUAAAGUCGACGUUUUGGAGAAAGCGGAUGUCAAGAGACAAAAAAAGCAAUGAUCCCCCUGGAUUCUAAAAAUCACACGAAGAGAAACUUGGUCCUUGUCUCCCACAACUAAUUUUUUGGCUGAUAUGUAAUAGUAUUAUCGAUCUAUUAGUAUGAAUAAAUCAUAUCACCAGAUCAA